AUGCAAUCUUGGUACGCUAAUUUCUCAUUACAGGGUAUAAAUGGUUCAGCAACAACGACAAUCUUUGUGGAAAUCAUUGACGAAGAUGACCAAAAUCCAACAUUCAACAUCAAAAACGAUUUCGGCAUUAACGCAACCAUUAAAUACAAACUAAGAACUAUUACCCCAUCUGCUGGUGCGCGCCUUUUUACUAUCGACCCUGACAAAGGGACAGUCAAUGUUGCGGAAGUAUUGGACUAUGAAAAACAAUCGAAUUACCGACUCAUCAUCGAGGCUUAUCAAGUUGACAACCCACAGUCGCGCACCGCUCAAGCAACUAUACACGUAAACGUCAUAGACAUAGAUGAUCACAAACCAUUUUUCCGACCGGAUGUUGACGAGGUGGUGUUAUUAAAACAUUCAGCCGUUGGUACACACGUGUAUAACGUGAAGGCCUUGGAUACCGAUGCAGGCGAAAACGGGUUCAUUACCUAUCGGAUCAUUGUCAAUACAGAGGCGUUUGAGCUUCUUAAAAUUGAAAACAUUUCGGCAGAAUUGAAUGUAAAGGAUCCGGCGAAAAUUGAUAGAGAAAACCAGGAAAACAUCACCGUUAUUAUUGAACCGUUAACACAACAUGGUGAAGCAGGUCAAAACAACCUAACAGUGAACAUUCGUCUAGAGGAUAUCAACGACAACAAUCCAGUUUUCGGUUUCCCUGAUCUGUCUGAGUUCAGUUUAACGUAUGUGAAUCAAUCUGCUGGAACGUCUAUAGGAAAGGUUGAGGCAACUGAUAAGGAUACUGGCGAUAACGCUCUUUUCGACUAUGAGAUAGUUAACGGGACCAUGAACGCAGGGAAUUGUAAUAACGAUAGUCCAUUUAUUCUCAACAAAACAACCGGGUUUAUUGUUAUGAGCAGAAGUAAUCUCCCAUUUGAUGGUUACCGAUUUGUUGUUCAGACUUGUGACAAUCCUUAUAAUCCUAUUGCGAGGCGAUGCUCAAUUACUACGGUUGCGUUUGCUAGGAAAGCCAAUGAGACUGUGGAUAACCCUCGUCUGGACAUAAACGUCACGGAAUCAGUUACCAUCGAUACUUACGUCGCUCAACUGACGUGUGGUGGCACAGGUUUGACGUAUAAAGUAAUACCCAAUAUAGCUGCAGUGCCGUUUGGUGUAUCUCCCAGCGGAAUUUUGAAGACGACUGGAGUUUUAGACAGGGAAAACAUUUCGACGUAUGAAUUUCUGGUGCAAGCCUACCAGUAUGGGCAGGUCAAAUGCAACUUCAACAUUAGUAUAAACAUCCUUGAUGUGAACGACAAUGCUCCUGAAUUUCACCCUGAUAUUUACAUACUGUACUUUGGAAACCCCACAGAAAAGGGACUAAUCGUCGGAACAGUUCUUGAUUUGCUUUCUCUAUGUUCGUGUUUUGCUGUUAUUGAGCGGUCAUUCGUACUUUAUCAACGGUUCAUCCGGGGAAAUCAGUCUUGUUAAUCAAGACCAUGUCAGAGAUAUUGAGCAACUUGAUGUCAUCGCGGCAGACCAAGGAAUUCCACGAUACAAGGCUUCGGCUGUUGUUUAUGUCAUUAGCGGAGAUGGUGCUAUUAGCUCAGUUCCACUGAACACGCCGCUGCAAAAAGGUCAGAUAACAAACAAGCAAGAAAUAUUUGAAAGGGGAAUUUCAGAGAUUUUAAACCAGAGCGUUGUCAUUUUACAUGUGGAUGCCUACGAAAAGUCUACGCACAAUCCAGAAUCUUCAUCACUCCUACAGAGAAGUCCGUUGAAACCAGCACACUUGUCAGACAGGUGUAUAAUAACUACGAAGAGAUACGGACAUUAUUCUAUUCUGCACUCGAGUGUGCGGACACCAAAAAUUCCGAUUCGGACCUGGGGGCACGAGAGAUAGGUCUCAUCGUUAUGGCGGUUGCUAUUCUGGUUGGAACGAGUAUCGCGAUGGUCUUGAUUAGCAGGCAGUAUAACAGCCACAAAAGAUACAAAAACGAUAUGAAACGCUGACUAAGGACAAUUCGCCUGAAAGCGAGUCUUGAUCAGCGAACACAAACGACAAAACAAACUUUGAGACCAGUAACGGUGAUGUGGAAGCAAAAGUUGAAGACAUCAAGUCGGAAACGGAGGUUAUGAAAAGUCUUGAUCAGCGUUUAUGUACCGAGGACAAUGAGCGUCAAACGUGUUUUAAUUCUGAAGAUAUGCCUGAUGAAGCAAUCGAACGCAAUCGUGAAACACCUGUUUGUAGUGAUCACGUUUCUUACGCAGAAAUGAACAAAACGAAAAGUUAUGGCAGCAACGUCCUUGGAAAUACUGAAACGCAAUCUGAUUGCAUUGCUGAGCCUUUGCUUGAAGAACCUAACCCUGACUACGAUACCAAAAAAAAUGUGUGUUUUAGCGAGCCACUGAAGGUAACGGAUGAAGCGAAAUACAUUCGAGAGGGUGACGAUACGUCAAAUAUGGAAUCGAAUGAGAAUGGUUACGAUGAAAAGGGCCAACUAUCUAUCAAAGGAGAUGAGUUAGAAAACAACGAAAUGCAUAAUAAAUACAACCCGACGAAAGACUUACUUGUGCUUGAGCUGUUUCGUGAGCCCACAAUACCACGAAGAGGAUGCAUAAUCUAAAUGGCAUUGUCAAAAACAAGAGUGGACCCAGUAUACUCCAUUGGGGGACACCACACACAACCGAUUCGAAAUCCGAUUUAGCGGCAUUAACAUGCACAGACUGCGUCCUAUCAGUUAGGUACGAGCAAAACCACUCCACAGACUCCACUCCCAUCGCACAAAGCUUUUGACAGACGUUUAUGAAGGAGCAUAUGAACACGUAAUGAUUUGACGAUUACCAAGUCCUGACACAGAAGUAGAUGAAAUUGGGUUCCCUUCGCAGGACAUUACAUAUGACAACAACAGCCAAGAGUACUUUGCUUCAGAAGUAUCAACACACUUUUAGAUAUAAUCACAUGUGUAGAUAAGUAUAUGCGAUGUUGAUGCAGUUUUUUACGGAACAGUUUGUUGACAGAUACAUGUUCAGCAGUAUCAUGAUUUCGUGUUAUCAUAGCAUUUAAUUCACCGACCAUAUUUAAACAGUUGUUACUAUUUAAUGAAAUAUUUAGUUAUUUAGAUUUACCUAUUUGGAUUGGAGGCAUUAAGGCAUUGUUUUGUUUACAACGAGUCUUUAGCAGUCAAUAUAUUUGUAUCUACAUGUUUCAUAUCGAGUGUUUAUCAUGAUAAUAUAAAUUUUCUCACAAAAGUCUUUAUAUAAUAUAGCAACAGUCCAUGAUAUGUCUACUCUUCACAAUUUAGUGUGUGGUGUGCUGUUAUUUUAUAAAUUAACAUGUAGUGUUCAAAUUGCACAUGUUUGUUAAAUAAACACAAACACAGAUGAAAAGUACUCGUCACAUCAGCUAGAUAUAUAUCGUUAGUUUUGUAUAAAAAUUAUCGUGAUAACGGUUAUACGAAUUUCCAUUUCAUUGACCUUGUUAAUUCAUGCGCAUCAGUUUUACAUCUUAAAUUAUUGUUAUUAAUAGUAUUGUCUCGUUUUCUAAAUAAACAUUCACAUGAUGGUA